AUGCAGAAUGUGAUAGGCGGUCUCUCGUACUCCAUCGCCAAUCCGCUGAGUGCUCAUAUACACGGCCCCCUGUGCACCUUUUCGGAGGAUGUUCUUACCCCGCCUUUUGCCCUCACCCAUGUUCUUACUGCCACAGUUGGACGCCUCCAGACAUUUACAUUGUCUAGUGAGGACAUGGGCUCAGCGGCUGACCUGAGCAUGGGCAAAGCACUUGUGGCGGCCUGGCAGCAGGAUGGAAUCUUGCAGAUUUCCAUGGACGCUGAGCAGCAGACGCUCUAUAAAGCAGCCAAUAAGGUCAGUAAGCGCUUCUUCCGGAAGCCUUUUCACCAGAAAGCUGCCGGUGAAGAGCUUACAGAUGGCCUUACUAAUUACAGUGAGAUCUUUACCGUCACGAAGGACCUCGACCUUGACGAUCCCAGGGUGUCCGCCAAGUGGCUAUGCCAUGGGUGUUGUCCUUGGCCUGACGCAGAUCUGCGGGACCCCGUGAAGAAAUACAUGGACAGCCUCGGGCAGACUGGCAAGAAGCUUCUCUGGCUAAUUGAGCUGGGUAUCAAUAUACCAGAGGGAUCUCUGACCCGCAUUACGAAAGACAGAUUUCCCGCAAGCAACGUUAUCCAUGGGAAAGGCGGAGACGGCCGAGGCAUCGACUCUUAUACUGAUUAUGGUUUGCUUGUAAUUGCGGCUGCUGAUGAUGUUGGAGCUCUCUUCGUUCGUCCUCCCCAUAAGGACGAGUCCGUUGCGAACUGGGAGAGGAGUGUUGCUGGCAUGAAGGAAGACAGUGUGGGUUGGGUGUUUAUCCCCCCAGCCGAGAAUAUAUUUACGGGUGACAUGAUGCAGUACAUAACCAACUCAGUCCUCCCCUCAACGCUCCAUAAGGUGGGGCUCAAUACAAAAGCGAGGUUCGACUUUGCUUACUUUCAUGAGCCCAACUUUCAGACAGUCAUUAAACCUCUUCCGGGGUAUAAAGCCGGUCAGAGCCCAGAAGAGGGGAUCCAUUACGGGAAGCAUUUUACCAACAUAUUCAUGAGGAACUAUCCCGAGUGCAUCACUACUCACCGGUUGGUCGAUAAGGGCUGGUACAAGUUGCUAGAUACGGAGGCACUUCAAACCAUAACUGAUUGAGA